GGUCCCCGCAUGGCCAGCCCCGCGCGCCGCAGCGGCCGCCUGGACGCCUUCCUGCGCCGCCACCUGCCGCCCGCCACCUACGACGCUGUCCGCGCCUGCGAGCCGUGCGUCGUGGUCUCGGACACCGAGCGGCGCGCGCUCAAGUACGUGGUGCUCAGCGACCGGCUCAUCUACCUGACCGAGAACCCGCCCAGGUCCAUCCGGAGGGUCGUGGCGCUGCGGGACGUCGUGGCCAUCGACCUGAUCGAUGAUUACCCAGAAUUUUUGAGUUCACCAGAUAGAGAAACCAAUCAACACAUUCGUAUCAUCUAUUCUGCUGUUUUAGAAAACGAAGGUGAAAAAACAAAAGGGGACUGGAAGUUCUUGUUUCCAUUUCAUCGUGCUAAUACCAACAACAAGAAAGUCAAGGAAGAAAAUAACGACCCUGUCUUCUGGAGAGAUAAAGAACCCAAAAGUUUGGAUGACUCUUCCUCCCCCAGGUACCAAGAGCACAGCACAGCCCGGGCGGCGGACGCCUCGCUCCGUUCUCCUGGAGACCCCCAGAAGCCCUUCCCUCAGGACCACAGUGCCCCCCGGCCCUUGCCGCAGCCCUCCAGGAGGAGCUGUCAGCCCGCAUCAGCCCCUGGCAAGGCUGUCACUGUGCCAUCUCGCCCAGCAAACACAAAAGCACCCCAGGGACUUCCAGGUCACAAAGACUCUCUCAGCGAAAUCCCUUUCAAGUGCAAUGGGAACGGAAAUGAGUUUUACUUAGGAAAUUCCUCCCCGGCCUUCCCUCCGCAGAACAACACAAACAAGAAAAAGAAAUCGGAACUUCACUUGUAUGUUACUUCCACAACGUCAUCAAUAUUUUUGCACUUAAAAAGUUCAUGGAACAAUUAUAUUAUAAAAGCUACUCUUUUACAAGAUCCCUUAAAUGCUAGUGAGCUCAGUUCUGCAUUUGGAAGCCAAAAGCCAUAUAGAUCUGAGGAGAAAAUCAAGCACUUCAGUCAACUUAAAUCUGAGCUUUUUCUUAAGGACAAUACAUUGAGGAAGAUACUUUGUUUAAUUACAGAACUUAAAGUUGCAGCCCAGAAAAACUUCAUUCUCAAAAGGCUUUUCUGGAAAACCAGUGACCUUUUCUACUUCCUGGUGAACAAACUUCAAGAGUAUUUGCCAGAGUCUAAGGAUAAGAAUACACUUCAGAACAAAAGCCAAAGAGCUGAUGAACUGGUGGCAUGUAUUGAAAUCAUACAGACUCUGGGACUGAUGUUCAGAGAGACAGAAACUGAGUCUUCACGCCUGCACACAUUAGCAGCUAAGAAGGGAACGCUUUUUAAUCUAUUGCUAAUUUUAAUUAGCAAGCCUCAGAUUCCAAAGUCUUGUGCUCCGUUUGAUAUCCAGUUGGUGGCUGACUCAACUUUGGUGGAGAGGUCUUUUGAUGCUGAGUUACAGAAGCUUAUCCUGGAAUACACAGAUACAGCCACAGCACUUUUAUAUGAGAUUCUUCUUGUCUUUCAGCAGGGAAGUCUUGAAUUGGGAUCAACAAAGUUUGCAAUUAGCUGGAUGAUGUCAUUUCUACAAAGUUGUCCUCCCAUAAUUACUUUUGUGGCGAGUACUGUGAAACAAAUGGUGAAGGGACUUUCAGCUUCAUUCCAAUUCCUAAGUCCCUGCCAAGCUGUCUUGUUAUAUCAGCAGUUUUACAUUCUCAAGAGCUGCCUGCGGUACAGCACUACUCUGGCCGAAUACAUCAGGAAUGACCACAGAGAAGAAUUCAGGUACUUCAUACACAUGUCAGCCUUGGAGAAAAGACUCCCCUUCUGCUACCCGAUCACCCAGCCUACCACUCAGCUUUUUCACGAAGUCCUGGAACUGGUUGAACAGAAGCGAUUUGUGGAUGUGUGAACAAGAGCACAGAGUGUUCCUCUGGAGUCCUCUGAAUAUUAUGAGAAAUUCUUCCUGGUUUAUUUUAAAUCUGGAUCCCCUUUAUUUUAUGAACAAGUAUUUUAUUUGCAUGUUCUAUUAACACCUCUCUAGUAGAAGUUGUUAUUUUCUUUUUAUCAGCCACACAAAAACACUUUAAAUAAA